GGAGGGCGAGGACGGCCACUGGGACGUCGACAACGGCCACGCCACCACCAACAACUCCACCCAGUUCACGGUGGACGGCCUCUCCCCCUUCACCGUCUACUCCUUCAGGGUCGUGGCCGUCAACGCGCUGGGGAUGAGCUCGCCCUCCAAGGAGUCCUACUACAUGGUCACGCUGAGGGAGUUACCCGAAGGAAAACCGAUCUUCACGGCCGCCCACAACGCCUCCUCCACCAGCCUCCAACUGCACUGGAAGCCCCCCAGCAGGAGCACCAUCCACGGCGAGUUCCUGGGCUACAAGAUCACGCUGAAGCCGAGAGACGUGCCCGAUGCCCGCCAAGACCAGAUUGUUCGCGUUACGAUUAAGGACCCGACGGUCACGAAUCACGUUGUACAGGGUCUCCGCACCUACACACAGUACCUGGUGUCCCUCCAGGUCUUUAACCCUGAGGGGGACGGACCUUCCUCCACGGUGGCCGUCAUGACCGACGAAGGGAUUCCGGGCCCUCCGGAGAACCUGACGCUGCUCCGGGUGCACGACCGCUCCGUGGACCUGCAGUGGUCGCAGCCCUCGGAGCCCAACGGGGAGAUCCGGGGCUACCGCGUCUACUACAUGCAGGGCAACUACACCAGCGUUCGCACCGUCCACGCCAACGAGCCCAACAUACUCUACUCUCUCCAUGACCUCAACCCCAACACCAACUUCAAGGUGUGGACGAAGGCGUUCACGCAGCGCCACGAGGGCACGUCGUCGGUGCCGCUGACGGUGAAGACGGACGUGUCAGGCCCCGGCGCGCCCGUGAUCUCCAACCUGACGUGCCAGCCCGACGGCAACCUCUACCUGCAGUGGCUGAGGCCGGCGCAGCUCUUCGGCUCCGUCGACCUCUACUACAUCUACUACAGGCCGGAGGACUCCUUCGAGUUCGAGGAGAUCGCCGUCAACUCCGUCAACAACCGCCUCGAGCAUAACUUCCUCCUGACCAACCUGACCUACAACACAAUGUAUGAGGUGAAGGUCCGAGGUGGCACAUAUUCACGCCUCUUCGCUGAUAACAACAAGACCUACAAGGGACCGUUCUCACAGCCUCGCAAGAUCCUCCUGUAUCCAGACUGCCACAAUGCCCCUCCACCAGAUGUCAGUCGUACGGGUCUGGAGAUGAGUGCAGGCAUUAUUGCGGGUAUCAUCUGUGCCACCUUCGCCAUCUUCCUCUUGGUUGUUGCUAUGAUCAUCUGGAGGCGUUUCUUCCAAGGUGCUUAUUAUUAUCUGGAUGACCCCCCCAAGGCUCCCCCAGUGCUUAUGCAUGACUGGGAAAAUGACACAGGUGGUGACGGGGCCUAUGGGCCAAUUGAUGUGCAUGACUUUGCCAAGCACAUUGCGGAGCUGCAUGCUGAUGGGGACAUUGCGUUCUCAAAGGAAUAUGAAGCUAUCCAGGCAGCCUCAGCCCAGGAGCACCAUCCAGCGGAGCACUCGCAGCACCCGGACAACAAGCAAAAGAAUCGAUAUCUCAACAUUGUAGCAUAUGACCACACAAGGGUUCCCUUACGCCCUCUCCCUGGACAGAAGAAGGCCAUGGAGUAUGUGAAUGCUAAUUACAUUGAUGGCUAUGACAAACCACGGGCCUACAUUGGCACCCAAGGCCCACUGCCCUCCACCUUCGAUACCUUCUGGCGCAUGGUGUGGGAGCAGCGUGUCCACAUCAUUGUCAUGAUAACCAACCUUGUGGAAAGGGGGCGUAAAAAGUGCGACCAGUACUGGCCCAAGGAAGGAAAUGAAAUUUACGGCCUGAUUCAAGUGCGUCUCGUUCAUGAAGAAGUUCUGGCAACUUACACCAUCAGAAAAUUAGCUAUUAGACACAUGAAGGUGAAAUGUAAGAAAUCUGGCAGUGGAGAGCGCAUAGUCUACCAAUACCACUACACCAACUGGCCAGAUCACGGCACUCCUGACCACCCACUGCCUGUACUCUCCUUUGUCCGAAAGUCUGCUGCAGCAAAUCCAGAGGAUGCUGGACCCAUUAUAGUCCACUGCAGUGCUGGAGUGGGAAGGACUGGCACAUACAUUGUCUUGGAUGCCAUGUUGCAGCAGAUUCGUGCCAAGGGACGCCUCAAUAUAUGGGGAUUCCUGAAACACAUUCGCACACAACGCAACUUCCUUGUACAGACGGAGGAGCAGUAUAUAUUCAUUCACGAUGCUCUGCUGGAAGCCAUCCAAAGUGGAGACACCAACAUCCCUCGGGCUGGUCUCAGCAGAUAUAUCAGGAUGUUGCAGGCGCCGGGAGGAUCACAGGAGAAGCCCCAGCCUUGGUAUCUUCUAUCGCACCAGUUCAAGCUGGUUACACAUUUCCAGCCAAGAGAUUUCAAUGUUGUCAGUGCAGUCAAGCCUGUCAAUAGAGAGAAGAACCGCAGCACAGACCACCUGCCCAUGGAGAAUGGCCGUGUGCACCUGACCCCCAAGCCAGGUGUGGAAGGCUCAGACUACAUCAAUGCAACCUGGCUGAUGGGCCAUCAGAGACUACGAGAAUUCAUCCUGACACAGCACCCUCUGCCACCCUCCAUCCUUGAUUUCUGGCAGAUGGUUUGGGAUCACAAUGCCCAGACAAUAGUUGUUUUGACAGCUGUAGACGAGAGUCAGGGCUAUCCCCAGUUCUGGCCGGCGCAGCAUGAUGACUUUGACUCUGAGCAUUGGAAGGUGCGUUAUCUGGAAGAGAAAUUGAAUGCUGGGUUGGUGACUGUUGAUGUUGCAGUCCAGAGUUUGCAAGAUGACUAUGAGUUACCGGUUAGAUUAAUUCACGCUCCUGGCUGGCCCCACACUCUGCCAGCUCUUACUACUACUCUCAGCCUUGUCUCCUUAGUGUCUGAGGCCCAUACUAAUUACCAGAAUGGACCUUUAAUAGUUGUUGAUCGGUUUGGAGGGACGGAGGGAGCCACAUUCUGCUGCUUAACUGCCCUGAAGAACCAGGUUGACUUCGAGCAGCACUUGGACCCUUACAUGUUUGCCAAGCUUUACCACAACAGAAGGCCAAGUAUUUGGACAAGUCAGGAUGACCUCCUGUUCAUCUACCGGGCAAUGGAAUCCUACACAGCCAGUGAAGGAAGCCACAGUGGAAGCAGCAAUGACAUGGCAGGGCUCCAUGACCCUGUGAUCACCAUGCCCCCCAUCACAACAGUGACUGCGGCACCUGCAAUGCCCAGUGCCCCCUCACCUGUCCCUCUGACCUCUCCACCCCAGACGCCUUCAGCUCCAACUCUCCCUGCCAUCAGCACACCCCCUAGUACGUGUGCGAACGGCCAAGUGCCCUCCAAUGGACAUGCAACGUUAACAGGCAAUGGUACAGUCAGAGUCCCUCCAGAAGGGAUGGAAGAUGCACCACAGGCAACAGAGAUCCCUCCAGUUUGAGUUGUUUGGACUGCCAGUUAGGUCUGUUCAAAGAUCUUGCGCUCUGUCAAAAUAACGUGAAAUGCCUUGAAGAAGUUCUGUUCUGUUCAAGAAGUGUGUUACCAAGUGUUGAACAAGUGCACAUUAUAUUCAUAUAACACUUUUUGUAAGCAUCGGCUUCACCUUAGGAAAGCUGAACCUAUUAGCAAGUAUAAGGAUUUAGUACUCCAAAAGCAUCAGAUGGCAAAAGCAGCUGAAAUGGUCAUUAGUGCUAUCACAAAAAAAGUGUGAAUUGAAGUAAUGCAUAUUACUGGUCUGAGAUUUAGACUCAACAUUGAAAACACAUCAAUGCAUUUAUUGUAUUCUAAUGAAAGACAUUGUUAGCCGUAAGUGAUGCAUUCGUCCUGGACUUCACUAAGCAGUAAAAUUUUGUUAGGUGCGCUGCCCUGUAAACCAGUGUUGACAGUAGCCAGUCUGUGCAUAAAGGAAAUGUCUCCUGCCGCUGCUGCUACAAGCCUGUGUUUUAAGCUUAAGGGCAACUUUGUGCUGCUUACCCAGACAACUGCUUAUGUACAGUGUAUAGCUAGUUUUCUAAAAAAUAUAAAGGGAAAAAAUUGGCCCGCAAGAGGGGUCACCUUUCAUGUACAGAAUGAUUUUCAUAAGUAAUUUAUCUGUGGUGUCUUUCAUUUAUUAUAUUAUUGGUACUUCUUCACAUGCUGCUUUAUAGCUUACCUUUUCUACGUGAUUACAAAGAGAAUAAAAAAAUAAGGGAAGUUUUCCCUACAUUUAAAAGACAUCUAGUCUAGUUAGUGUAAGUUAGAAAAUAGAUAUUUUGGUAUGGAGGUGCAUUUGCCUUGAUUCCAUAGUGCUCCUGAAAAAUUAUUUUUUCAUCUCUAUUUUCAUUUUAUUUAAUAUGAAUACAUUGUUCAUUGACCUCAUAAUGUAGCCAUUUGAUUACAGUCAAUUGUAAUGUUUAACAAAGACUCAGAGUAAGGCAAGAUCACACACAUGAGUCCUUUGGGAGCAUUGCACAAAUAAUUCUGUUUUGUGAGUAUGACUUUUUUUCUCUUUUAUUUUUGACACCAAGCCCUAUCCAUAAGUUCUAAGAUACCUCCCUCUUAAGGCACAAAAUAAAUUAAGAUGAUAUUUUUCUUAUAAACUACCAUAAUAAAACCUAGCCUC